CCCUGGUUUCUCUUGCAUAUUCCAUGCUUUCUGCUGCAGGCUGGUCUUGAACCCGGAGCUCUCCUGAGAGGAUGGGGGCAGACGGGGAGACAGUGGUCUUGAAGAACGUGCUCAUUGGUGUCAACCUGAUCCUUCUGGGCUGCUUGCUCAAGCCCUCGGGGUGUCAGCUGGAGGUCACCAUGGAAAGGGUCCAGAGACCAGCAGUGCAGGAGGAAGGAGGCGCUGCCAGCUACAAUGCAUCCAGCAAGGAACAGCCGGUGGUCUUCAACCACGUGUACAACAUCAACGUGCCCCUGGACAGCCUCUGCUCGUCGGGGCUGGAGGCCUCAGCAGAGCACGAGGUGAGCCCCGAAGACGAGGUGCUGACGGAGUACACAGGCCAGACCUCGGACCACGAGAGCCAGGUCACCUUCACGCACAGGAUCAACCUCCCCAAGAAGGCCUGCCCGUGUGCCAGCUCGGCCCAGGUGCUACAGGAGCUGCUGAGCCGAAUUGAGAUGCUAGAGAGGGAGGUGUCGGUUCUGCGGGACCAAUGCACCAGCAACUGCUGCCCGGAAAGUGCGGCCACAGGGCAACUGGACUAUAUCCCUCACUGCAGCGGCCACGGCAAUUUUAGCCUCGAGUCCUGCGGCUGCAUCUGCGAGCAAGGCUGGUUUGGCAAGAACUGCUCGGAGCCCUCCUGCCCGCUGGGCUGCUCCAGUCGGGGCGUGUGUGUGGACGGCCAGUGCGUCUGUGACAGCGAGUACAGCGGCGACGACUGCUCGGAGCUCCGCUGCCCGACCGACUGCAGCUCCCGCGGGCUGUGCGUGGGCGGGGAGUGCGUCUGCGAAGAGGCCUACACGGGCGAGGACUGCAGCGAGCUGAGCUGCCCCGGGGGCUGUUCGGGGAAGGGGACCUGUGCCAACGGUACCUGCCUGUGCCAGGAGGGCUACGUCGGCGAGGACUGCGGCCAGCGGCGGUGUCCGAACGCUUGCAGCGGCCGAGGACACUGCCAGGAGGGGCUGUGCCUCUGUGAAGAGGGCUACCAGGGCCCUGACUGCUCGGCAGUUGCCCCUCCAGAGGACUUGCGAGUGGCUGGUAUCAGCGACAGGUCCAUUGAGCUGGAAUGGGACGGGCCGAUGGCAGUGACGGAAUAUGUGAUCUCUUACCAGCCGACGGCCCUGGGGGGCCUCCAGCUCCAGCAGCGGGUGCCUGGAGAUUGGAGUGGCGUCACCAUCUCAGAGCUGGAGCCAGGUCUCACCUACAACAUCAGCGUCUAUGCUGUCAUUAGCAACAUCCUCAGCCUUCCCAUCACUGCCAAGGUGGCCACCCAUCUCUCCACGCCGCAGGGGCUCCGAUUCAAGACGACCACAGAGACCACGGUGGAGGUGCAGUGGGAGCCCUUCUCAUUCCCCUUCGACGGGUGGGAGGUCAGCUUCACUCCAAAGAACAAUGAAGGAGGGGUGAUUGCCCAGCUCCCCAGUGACGUCACAUCUUUCAAUCAGACGGGACUAAAGCCUGGGGAGGAAUACAUUGUCAAUGUGGUGGCUCUGAAAGAGCAAGCCCGGAGCCCCCCUACCUCGGCCAGCGUCUCCACUGUCAUUGAUGGGCCCACGCAGAUCCUAGUUCGAGAUGUCUCCGACACCGUGGCCUUCGUGGAGUGGACCCCACCUCGAGCCAAAGUCGAUUUCAUUCUCCUAAAGUACGGCCUGGUGGGUGGGGAAGGCGGGAAAACCACCUUCCGGCUGCAGCCUCCCCUGAGCCAGUACUCGGUGCAGGCCCUGCGGCCGGGCUCCCGAUACGAGGUGUGGGUCAGCGCGGUCCGCGGAGCCAACGAGAGCGAGGCCAGCACCACCCAGUUCACAACAGAGAUUGAUGCCCCCAAGAACCUGCGGGUUGGUUCCCGCACAGCAACCAGCCUUGACCUGGAGUGGGACAACAGUGAGGCAGAGGUUCAGGAGUACAAGGUUGAGUACAGCACCUUGGCGGGCGAGCAGUACCAUGAGCUGCUGGUCCCCAAAAGCAUCGGACCAACCAGCAGAGCCACGCUCACCGAUCUGGUGCCUGGCACUGAGUAUGGGAUUGGAAUAUCUGCUGUCAUGAACUCACAGCAAAGCGUACCAGCCACCAUGAACGCCAGAACUGAACUCGACAGUCCUCGAGACCUCAUGGUGACAGCCUCCUCAGAAACCUCCAUCUCCCUCAUCUGGACCAAGGCCAGUGGCCCCAUUGACCACUACCGAAUUACCUUUACCCCAUCUUCUGGGAUCGCCUCUGAAGUCACUGUGCCCAAGGACAGGACCUCGUAUACACUGACAGAUCUAGAGCCCGGCGCAGAGUACAUCAUUUCAAUCACAGCUGAGAGGGGCCGGCAGCAGAGCCUAGAGUCCACUGUGGAUGCCUUCACAGGCUUCCGCCCCAUCUCCCAUUUGCACUUUUCUCACGUGACCUCCUCCAGUGUGAACAUCACCUGGAGUGACCCAUCCCCUCCGGCAGACAGACUCAUUCUCAACUACAGCCCCCGGGAUGAAGAGGAAGAAAUGAUGGAGGUCUCCCUGGAUGCCACCAAGAGGCAUGCUGUCCUGAUGGGCCUGCAGCCAGCUACCGAAUACAUUGUGAAUCUGGUGGCAGUCCAUGGCACAGUGACCUCUGAGCCCAUCGUGGGCUCCAUCACCACAGGAAUUGAUCCUCCCAAAGACAUCACAAUUAGCAAUGUGACCAAGGACUCAGUUAUGGUCUCCUGGAGCCCUCCUGUUGCAUCUUUUGAUUACUACCGAGUAUCCUAUCGGCCAACACAAGUGGGACGACUGGACAGCUCAGUGGUGCCCAACACGGUGACAGAAUUCACCAUCACCAAGCUGUACCCAGCUACAGAAUAUGAAAUCAGCCUCAACAGCGUGCGGGGCAGGGAGGAGAGUGAGCGGAUCUGCACACUUGUGCACACAGCCAUGGACAAUCCUGCGGAUCUGACUGCUACCAACAUCACCCCAACCGAAGCCCUGCUGCAGUGGAAGGCACCCAUGAGUGAAGUAGAAAACUAUGUCAUUGUUCUCACACACUUUGCAGUUGCUGGAGAGACCAUCCUGGUUGAUGGAGACAGUGAGGAAUUCCAGCUUGUUGACCUGCUUCCUAGGACCCACUACACUGUCACCAUGUAUGCCACCAGUGGGCCUCUCACCAGCGGUACCGUCAGUACCAACUUCUCUACCCUCCUGGAUGCUCCUGAAAAUCUGACAGCCAGUGAAGUCACCAGACAAAGUGCCCUGAUCUCCUGGCAGCCUCCCAGAGCAGAGAUUGAGAACUACGUCUUGACCUACAAAUCCACUGAUGGAAGCCGCAAGGAGCUGAUUGUGGACGCAGAGGACACGUGGAUCCGACUGGAGGGCCUGUCCGAGAGCACAGACUACACGGUGCUCCUGCAGGCGGCGCAGGACACUGCGCGGAGCAGCAUCACCUCCACCGCCUUCACCACAGGGGGCCGGGUCUUCCCUCAUCCUCAAGACUGUGCCCAGCAUUUGAUGAAUGGAGACACUCUGAGUGGGGUUUACACCAUCUUCCUCAACGGAGAGCUAAGCCAGAAGUUACAGGUGUACUGCGACAUGACCACCGAUGGGGGUGGCUGGAUUGUAUUCCAGAGGCGGCAGAAUGGUCAAACUGAUUUUUUCCGGAAAUGGGCUGAGUACCGUGUUGGCUUUGGGAACCUGGAGGAUGAAUUUUGGCUGGGGCUGGACAAUAUACACAGGAUCACGUCCCAGGGCCGCUACGAGCUGCGUGUGGACAUGCGUGACGGGCAGGAGGCCGCCUUCGCCUCCUACGACAGGUUCUCUGUUGAGGACAGCAGAAGCCUGUACAAACUCCGCCUGGGAGGUUACAACGGCACCGCAGGGGACUCUCUCAGCUACCAUCAGGGCCGCCCAUUCUCCACGGAGGACAGAGACAAUGACAUAGCAGUUACCAACUGUGCCAUGUCAUACAAGGGGGCCUGGUGGUAUAAGAACUGCCACCGGACCAACCUCAACGGGAAAUACGGCGAGUCCAGGCACAGUCAGGGGAUCAACUGGUACCACUGGAAAGGCCAUGAGUUCUCUAUCCCCUUCGUGGAGAUGAAGAUGCGCCCAUACAGCCACCGUCUCGUGGCAGGGAGGAAACGGCGGUCCUUGCAGUUCUAAGCAGUGGGCGGCUGCGAGCCAACUGACCUUUUCUGUCAUUUGUUUGUACUUUAUAAUAUGAAACAAGGGGUGGGGGACAUAGUAAUGUGCUUUGCAACAUGUUAAGAGUGUUUGAAGGAAGCGGGAUGUAGCAGGAACCAGUUGAGAAUCAGCAGCUCAUGGUUUCUGCUGCCUCCGGGCCUGCCCCUCAGUCUCCAUGCUCCCUCCUACCCAGCCAUCCCUAACCAUCCCCUCUUUUCCCACCAAGGAGGAACAGUGAGACAUUUUCUUAAAAGACCAACUCAAAACCAGAUCGUGGAGUCAGAUCGGUGACAGGCACGUGCCUUCUUUCCUGCCCUCCUUCUGAGAUGCCCUUAACUUCCAGGAACCGAGCUCUGGUCACUGCCUUCGGUGGCUGGGUUCUCACACCAGUCCCAAGAAGAAGCCCCAGCAAGAGAGCUUUGCCAACAAGUCCCCUUAAAAGGAAAUGUUUUAACCUCACCCUGUCCCAACAACCCAAGUCCUUUGUAAUGGGCCAAAGAUUCUCAUUGAACGUUCUUAGUCUUACCAGCCAAGUGUCCUCUGUCACCUUUCAAGAGGAGGGGCCUAUUUUCCAGCCAACCCAUCCUUUGCCCACUUCCAUCCUACCUUAAGAUCCCCUGUGGCCUCACAAGCCCAGCCACUGUUUUGGAUUCUAGUUCCCAAGGUGUUGCUUACACCUGGCCUGGGCUGCACAGUGGCCGUGUGCCCGAGGGUCAUAAGUCCCUGCCCCCUCCCUCAGGUCAACUUUCUUUGAAGCUAGGAGGUGGAGAGAGUUAUGGUUCAUAGCACUUUGGGGUCAGGCACUGAGGAAAAGGCAGAAGAAACAGGUCUGGGUUCCCCUCGGAACCUGUCAUUGAGAUCACAGGUUCCGUGGGGAACAUAGAUCCCACCUAGCUCCAUUUUCUCUAAUUCUGGUCCUAUUUGUCAUGGAUUCUUUUUCCUGAAUUGCAAACUAAAGCCUCAAUUCUGAGGCUCUCAUUUCAGCCAAGCUCUCCUUAAGGCAAGCGGCUUAAUAAGAGUCAGGAGAAGUUAUAUGACCAGCCAGCCAUUCCCCUGACUGAUAAUCUCUGGGAAGAGGUGGAAUUUCAGGGUUUGGGUUUCAGUUUUCUCCUCUUUCUUUUGGUCCAGUGAGAAACAGGAAUGACCUCCUUAAUGAGGUGAGCUCACAAGAAGCCUUUCUCCAUCUUCUUUUAUUAUUCUGCCUUUGAGAGGAAAAAUGAAAAGUGCCAGAGGAAAUUACAUCUAGAAAUCCAAAGGUGAAUAGGGGAAAAGUAUGGGCCUACCUCCCCUUUUAUGAGAUGUGCUCUCUUCGCUAGCAUGAUUUGAUUUUUACACCCAAGAGACCUGGAGGCUCUAAAGCCAUGACCCUUCAACUUCUCCAACCAAAUGUCAGCUACAAGCAUUCCUGUGGUGUCUGCCAAAAUUCAUUCCCAGUCUCCCCAGCCACUUGUUUCCUCCUCUCAAUUUUUCCUUAAGGCCUCAGGUUUGGUUGUUUUGUAAUAUCCACCUUUAGUCAAACUGAGGCAUCCUGGGCCUUUCCCAGCCAAUCACUGGAUGAGCCUGAGAGUUGGCAAUUUUCUAAUGGAAACAUGCACAGUGUAACUGAGCUAUGUUAAGCAGGGAAGGACAGUCCCCCAGGCUGACAACCACAUUUCUGAUGUAACGAGGAUGGAGUCAGUCGCCCCUUGCCCUCUCCCUUUAGUAGAUCUUCAAGGUCUUGUUCACUGCCAUGGUGUGGGUGUGACUGCCAGACCAGGGGUGGAAAUGGAGGUGACAUUCCCAUUUCUCAGUUCACCAUGGGCUUCAAAAAACUAGGGGGAAGGAAGAAGAAACAGAAACAAUCCUUUCAAGAAACCCGGUAAUUAAGAUUUAGCUAGAGAGUAGGAGCCCAAUGAACAGCAGGAAGCUUGUUGAAUGUGGAACCUGGGGUCUCAGGGGUGGGCUCUGCUGUGUUUUGGCGCUAUGACUUCAGGAAGAUUUUUUCACCUCUUGGGGCUUCAGUUUCCUUAUCUGGUUGAAUGAGACUAGAACGGCUUCAAACUUCCCUGUCAGUUCUGAUGGUCAGUAAGGCUAGUCUCUGAUCUGAACAUGAAAAUUGGCAUUGGUGAGCAAGCACAACUAAGUAAUGAAAAUUCACUAGAAGCCCUGCUUUAUGAAAGAGACAGAAAAAGAAAAUCUGAUUCUGAAGUCAUCAGUAAAACAUAUACACAUGUACAUAACACAGCCACACACACACAUACACACGAAAAUAUUGCAGAAAAGACUGCCAAGGAAGUGGCUGGAUUCAUUUUGUCCAUAAAAGCAGAACCCGGGGUCCCGGUUGAUACGAGUACAGCCCACCUCAUCGAGGGAAUUGAGAUGGGAAAAGAUGAUGGGUCCUCAUGUUGUCAAUUCAGGUGAAAGCCAAGAAACAUCAGUGGGAACCAAAAUCUGUCUUCUACUGGAACAAUUUUACCCUAUGGAACAUUUUUAUAAAUAGUAUCAGCAGCAUUGCCUAGAUUCCUGUUAAAGAAUUUCAAAGCAAAGAAAGGAACUUCAAAGACUAGCUCACCUUUCUAUAAAAAGGAUUUAUAGAUUCCUUUUAUUAGGUACAGUGAUUUUCUCACAAGUUUUCACCAUUUUUAAGAGACACUGUACCUCAGUAUCUCCCCAAGGCCCAUGAUCAACUGGACUCAAAGCUUCAUAACAUGACUCAUGGAUUCCUGCUUAUCCUGUUCCUCCAAGCACCUGCGCCCUCCCCAAAGAUGGAUCCAGGAAACAAUAGUCAGAAAGAGCUCACCCUCACACACCACAGUUUCCUUCAAGGGACUCAGAAGGAAUAGCGGUGGACUCUGCUCAGAAGCAGUUUAACGGCAGACACAUCAGGAUAUGUGCUUAUAAAAAAGAAGAAAACACCCUACCAGUGACCUCAAUAGGCUCACCACCUAGACCCGAGACCCAAACAGUUUCUUCUUCUUGCAUCUCCCCAUCAGAUAAUUUCGAACGCAGCAAACACUUCCUCCAGGUUUAUUUCUGGACGGUGAAGGAGCAGAGGUAGGGAAGAGACAACAAAUUUGUGGAAAACUCCUGCUGGCUUUUGGACUCCCUUGUGGUUCAGCUGCAAUGCAGAAGACCUAGGUUCGAUCCCUGGGUUGGGAAGAUCCCCUAGAGAAGGAA